GGUGACUGUUGAAAACAACAGCAAUUUGUUACGUUACAUUUGAAAGCUUGUUAAUUAAAAAUGUGCACAAAAUCACUUGUAUAAUGAGUCAUUAAUGAGAUCCUAGGGAUUUAUGUUGGAGUUAGGGUUUUAGCAAUUUGUUACGUUCAAAAGUUUGUUUUAUAAAAUUGUGCAUAUAUUUACUUGUGUAAAUACUUUAGUGAGACAAGUUAAAGUUACGAAUAAUAAUUGUGAUUUGUGAAUUCAUUGAAAACCUACGAUGUCUGGCACCGAAGAUUUAAAUUAUGAGCCAGAAUUCACCGCUGAACACAAAUUAGUGUUGGAGACAGAAAUUAAAGAAACUUCAAGUCCAAAAAUAGUGGACCCAUUAACGAAGGCUAUUGGAGAAAUCGGAAAGUGGCAAAUAUGGAUAUGCUUCGUGGUGUUCCUCGUGAAAUUCCCAGUCGCCUGGCAUCAAAUGAGCAUAAUCUUUCUAGCGCCUCCGACGCAGUUUAAGUGUACUGAAAACGGAACAUUUGACUCCAAAUGUCUGUCCAAUUGUACUAAAUACAUCUAUGACCACAGCGUUUUUGGCGAAACCAUCAUUUCCCAGUGGGACCUUGUUUGCGACAGACAAUGGCUCAAGAAUUUAACCCAAACCAUUUUCAUGCUCGGCAUUCUCGUCGGCAACAUGGUCUUCGGUCAUCUUUCCGACAGAUACGGGCGACGACUGCCAUUUUUGGCUGCUGUAUUCUUGCAACUAAUAGCAGGAGUAACAACCGCUUACUCAGUCAACUGGUACAUGUUCACAGCCCUUCGGUUUCUGUUAGCCAUAGCUACAGGAGGCACUAUGGUCACUAGCUUCGUCCUUAUUAUGGAACUUAUUGGAUCAAGAUACCGAGAUACAGUUGGAAUACUUUACCAGAUUCCUUUUAAUUUCGGUCAUCUUACUUUACCUUUAUUUGGUUACUACUUACGGGACUGGAACAUGUUUCAAUUAGCAAUUUCACUGCCAUCCAUUUUGUUUCUCAGUUAUUAUUAUUUACUACCGGAGUCGCCAAGAUGGCUUUUAACUGCUGGGAAAAUUGACGAUGCUUUGAAAAUUAUAAAAGUUGCAGCGAAAAGGAACGGUCGGCCAACAGAAAAUAUAGAUUCAUCAAUACAGAAAAUGGUAGUUGAUGUUACUAGUACACAGGAGCGAGCAUCCCUGAUUGCACUGUUCCGUACACCACGACUACGUACACGCACACUCGCUAUUUGCUACAACUGGUUCGUUUGUGGAUUCUGCUUCUUUGGAGUUUCACAAUACAUCGGCCAUGUGUCUGGGAACAUCUUCACGAAUGUUGCUAUUUCUGCAGCUAUUUUGGUACCAGGGACGCUAAUUUCCAUCUACGCGAACCAAGCUCUCGGCAGGAAAAUAACGCUCAUAAGUUCUAACUGCGUCACAGGCCUCAGUUGUCUUCUUAUCAUGGUAGUCCCUGCCUCUACAGCCAGUCACCUGACUCUCGGUUGCACUGGUUUGUGGGGCAUGAGCAUAUCAUUCGCUACAGUAUACUUAUACGCUGGGGAAUUGUUCCCAACUGUCGUAAGGAAUUCUGGCGUGGGUCUGUCAUCAACAGUAGCUAGAAUCGGAUCUAUGUUAGCACCUUUUGUUGCUACACUGGCUCAUACAAGCGCUUGGCUACCACCUCUAGCAUUCGGGGUCGUACCACUGAUUGGUUCCGGUCUUUGUAUUCUACUACCAGAUACACGUGGCAGAAAACUCCCAGACACUUUAGAAGAAGGGGAAGCGUGAAGCAUUAUGCCCUAAGUAAUUGCGAAUUAAAGUAUUCACAAAUUAUAUACGUAUAAGUUCUAAGACAUGUUGGUGUAAAAGUAAUUUUACAUAUCACUAUGUAAUAAUUUAAGAUGCGGAGAUUAUAUUGUUGGUGACUGUUAUUCGAAUGAUAUCUUGUAGAUGAUGCUGUUAUACGAGUAGUUGUAAGCUAAUUUUACUAUAUUAAAGCACUAAAUCAAAAUGAUCUAGAUUCUAGUGACUUACAUGAAAUAUUUUAAAUGGAUCUAUUCAAUUUGACGAUACUAGUUCCAGAUCCCACCUAGGUACAAUAAACCAAUAUUUUGUCGUGUUGUCUGAUCGACAUAUUGAAAUUGAACUUUUGUAAAGUCGAGAAAUAGUUUUACAUGAAUAAGGAAACUUUUUAUACAAAUUAGUUGUCAUGGCCUUAAGAAGACUUUCUUCUUUGUAACUUUUUACAUUAUUUCAUAACUAUUUUAUAUAGAUUUCUUUAAAAAUAUCUUGAUAACAAUUUACAACAUUCCUUUUUUAAUAAUAUGGACAUCGUCAUAAUACAAACAAUGUCAUUAGCUACGUUCAAAUAAAUUGUGUAAUAUCCAGUUGGUAAUAACUAAGAAUGUAUUAAUGCCUGUGUCUAAUUACAGAGCAAAUUCAGUAACACGUUAGUUAACUACUACAAAAAAUCAUCAACUACGAGAACUCACCAUAUUUAUUUUUUAAAGAUUAUUUGCCAUACAUUUUAAAUAUGAUCAAUAUUCCUGAUACCCCCAGUUAAUAGGAAUAGACUGUUAGUGAGUACGACAAUAAAACAGGUGGGGAUCGAACCCACGACCUCCCGGUGUAAGUCUGGCCCGUUAACCGUGAAUCUAAUAAAGCUUCUUUGCCUAUAAGUUAACUUAUGUUAUGUAUGAGUUUUCUUGAAGUAAAAUAUCACUUCCACCGGCUAAUUUUAAAGCCAAGCAUUUAAUUGAAAACAUUUUUCAAUACAAUAUCGAUAGACACUAAAAAUUCAUGUACCUAGCAGGUACCUACGUAAUUUUUAUAAAACUAAUUUAUUUUUAUUGAGAAGUCUAUAUUUGAAUAGGCUGUGAUAAUUUAGUUUUUAAUUAUUGUUUUUUAAUAAAGUAUUUAUUCACUUUGAUACAA